GCCUGUCGCCUCGCAGCUGGCAGCCCACAGUGUUUCCAUCUCUGCUUCAUCUACCGUCUUGUUCAUCCCGACAUGCCCACCAGUGGCGACGGCGCAGCUUCUCCGGCCGGGGGCAAUGGCGCAUCAGGCUGGGGUAGACGCACCUCAUCUUCCCAUUCCGACGUCUUCUCCACCUCGAGUACAAGUCGAGCAUUCGGCGGACUACAACAAUCACGGCGGCCUACUGCUUCUUCUGGCUCUUACCUCUCUCGCAGCAAGAGAUCAGGAUCUGGUUGGGAGUUCCCUGGUCUUGGGAGUCUGCGAAGCAGCAGUGGGCAAGCUAGCCCCUCAGCUGUUGGGAACGGGAGGUUCCCACGGCCUUCCUCCAUCGAGCAACCUCCACAGAGCACCUUUCCGCCAGGCAACGCCGGCUCAGCGGCAAGGUCCAGCAGCUACCGUACGGGCGAGAGCUCUUCUAGCCAAGCAAUGAGAGCUGGCAAGCCUGAUGGUUCUGAUGUGGAGAGGCAAGGUGGAGCGCAAGAUCCAGCUGGGAGCGGCAUCUCCAUGGAAGGGCGAAGCUACCGAUUCCAGCCGUCUUUCAAUUAUGGCGAACACGACAACUUGGCCUCGUCCUACACCGCCACUUCAGACUCUCUUCGAGAGUCGACUGCGCAGCUAGCAGCUUACGCUCUAGGAGCUGAGGACGGCCCUUCCCCACGUACGUCAGAUAUCCCAACCCACCUGGAAGACUCGCGGGAGGAUACUGCGAUGGCAACCUCUUAUGGCAAGACCAGUGUAGGACCGUCUACCCCGUCUGAUCUCACUGGGGCGAGCAACCUCACCAAAGCUCUGGGGGCUUCCCGUAGGGCUAGUCCAGAAGGACAAAGGACAUUGCGAGCGAAGGACAGUGCCAAUGCCUCGCCUAACCUCUCAUUCCAGGCUUCACCUGGGGAGAGUCUCAAUGCUGUCACCCCUAAAGCCGGUGAUCGAGCGCCUAUCUGUACUACACUCGCCGAGGAUGAGGCUGACACUCGUCUUUCUUCAGAUGCAGCGCCGACGGAGAACACGCCAUUGAUCCCUCGCGGCAGGAAGGCCUCGGGCUCGAUAGAUCGAGAUCGGUCCAACUCGAGAUCCAGAAGCUCGGCAAGUUCUCGCACACGAGAGCGAAGCACAUCGAGCCACCCUGACUCUGGCGAGGGCCGUGGGUCCAGCUUCAACAUCCGUGAAGCUCAGGGCAAAAAGGGGGCCAGGACCUCAUAUGGGUACGGUGUGCUUGCUCAGGCCUCCAUGGCGGCCGAAGGUGGAAGUUUAGUCUCUACUGCUGGAUUUCCGGAUGAUUCUCUAGAGGAGCCUGCAUCUCUGAGCGCAGCUUGGAAUGUGGUACCAGCAGGAUGGCGGCCAGGUCACGGAGAGCGGCCCACUCGGGAGUGCUUCUCGCCUACAGACUUCGUCCGAUCUGCAGCGGUCUCCAUGAGUAAGCUCACAUGGCGUGACGUCCUGGAUGCCUCUGCCGAGCCUAUCAGGUUGCUACCUGCUACCAUCCUGGGUCUGCUCAUGAACAUUCUGGACGGAGUCUCUUACGGUUUGAUCAUCUUCCCUUCGAGCUACCCGCUCUUCGCCAAUUUUGGUGGUGAUGGAGUCAGCAUGUUCUUUGUGACGUGUGUGAUUGCUCAGUUGACAUUCACAUUGGGGGGAUCUAUCUUCAAGGGUGGAAACGGAAGCAUGAUGAUCGAGGUCGUGCCCUUCUACCAUAUCCUUUGCACGACUAUCAUCGCAACCAUCGGAGACGACAAUCCCAAGUCUAUCGUAGCUACUACCAUGAUCGCAUUUGCUCUGUCUUCCAUCUUCACCGGCGUGGCCUUCCUCCUUCUCGGCCUCGGACGGCUGGGCGUGCUCAUUGGCUUCUUCCCUCGCCACAUUCUCGUGGGAUGCAUUGGAGGUGUUGGAGUAUUCUUGCUAGAGACAGGCUUUGAGGUGGCCGGUCGAUUGGAAGCCGAGGCUGGGUUCCAAUAUGACCUGGCCACGCUCCAGUACUUCUUCCAGUCCGAAAAGAUGAUCGCACUGUGGGGAAUCCCUCUGCUACUAGCCAUCGUGCUCAAGAUCAUCGCUGGCAGGAUCCAUCAUCCGCUCCUGAUGCCUGGCUACUUCCUUGCCAUCACGCCUAUCUUCUACCUCAUCUCAGUGACCUUCCUGGGUCUGCCCCUGGACAAACUUCGCUAUGAAGGCUGGAUCUUUGACAUUGGCUCGGCAGGAGAGGCUCCUUUCUGGCGGUACCUCACCUACCUUGACUUCUCGCAGACGUCUAUCAGAGCUCUCUGGAACACAAUGCCCACGAUGAUCUCAUUGACCUUCUUUUCCGUACUGCACGUUCCUCUCAAUGUCCCAGCAUUGGGCGUCAGUCUAAAGGAAGACAAUGUCGACGUCGAUCGCGAACUCACUGGACAUGGUAUCAGUAAUCUUAUUGCCGGAUGCUUCUUCACUGUGCCCAAUUAUCUCUGCUUCUCCAACUCGCUCCUCUUCUACCGUGUCGGUGGAGGCAAUGUCCUCUCUGGUCUCAUGCUGGCAGGAGCCACUGCUGUCAUCCUCGUUAUUGGUCCAGGUGCCAUCAACUACCUCAAUGUAUCGACAGUAGGAGCACUGAUCUUCUUGCUGGGAAUUGACCUCUGCAAGGAAGCUGUGUGGGACACGAUCGGUCGGGUGAACAUGUGGGAGUACCUCACCAUCUGGUUCAUCAUCAUCGUCAUGUCGCUAGCGGACUUUGUCAUUGGUAUUCUGGCGGGCAUCUGCCUCGCCUGCCUCUUCCUAACCAUCCAAAUGGCCAGGAGGAAGAGUGUACGCGCGUGCUUCGAUGGCAGUAUCGCUCGCUCCACGGUGCGCAGGCCGAUGACACAACGCAAAUUCCUCGAGGCGGUCGGAGUGCAGACGCAGAUCCUCAAGCUCCAGGGUUUCCUCUUCUUUGCUACCAUCAACUCCGUCGAAGCGUUGAUCAGGAAAGCAUUGGACAUUGCUACUUGGCAACAAAAGCCUAUGAGGUUCCUCGUCAUCGACUUCCACCUCGUCUCUGGUAUCGACUUCUCUGCCGCGGAAGCUUUCACCAGGAUUCAGAGGUUGCUGCAAGCAAAAGACGUCGUCCUGGUCUUCUGUGGUCUUACGCCAGACUCCGAGGUGGGUCGUGCUCUGCGAUCAGUGGGCCUCUGGUCGGACUGCGGCUUGCGUAUCGAGUCCUUCCACUACCUCAACGAGGCUCUGGAGUGGACGGAGAAUUCUUACCUGCGCGGGAUGUACGCGUCCAGUCUGCAGGCGGGCAAGCAGCUCAAGCAGGCCUCUCUGGGAGCCGACGGUGCGCUAGAUGUACCAGACACGAAGCGACCCCCUGCAUUUGUGCUGGACGAGGCCUUUGAGAAUUCGCCUCGAAGGCAUCACCUCCACGAGGCUGCCAAGACGGCGGUGAAGCGAGGGGAGAGGUCUGCACCUGCACGACCGGAAAAGGGCUGCGAGGAGCGGGAUCACUCUCACCGCCGUCGAGGUAAUGGCAGCGAUCUCCAACGACGCGCCUCUGCCCAGGGAGGUGCGCAGGAGCAACCCUACCCACUACUGCUGGUUACCUUUGGCGCUUAUGCUUCGGCAGAGCAGGACGAGUGCUUCUUCAACCGUCUGGCAAAGUACUUUGAGCGGGUGGAGCUGCUGCGUGGGGAGCUGGUAUGGAAGGUAGGGGACGAACCCGAUGCGAUGUACCUCAUCGAGCGUGGAGCGCUCAAAGCUCGAUACGACUUCGAGCAGGAGGCCUUUGACCUCAACGAGGCAAUGCUGGCCGGUACAAUCGCGGGAGAGCUGUCCUUCCUCUCGCGCCAGGCGAGGAACACCACUACGCGCGCAGAGCUGAACAGUGUACUCUGGAAGCUUGACCUCAACAGUCUCAAGCGCUUGGAGCGGGAGGCGCCGGAGAGCUUCUCCCUUUUCGUUGCGCUGCUGCUGCGUGUGACGGGAGAUGAGCAGGAGAACUUGAUGAACUACUUGGUCUCGAGGUUGUCUUAGCAGACUGCAUGUAUGUAUGAGGUCCAGCACUGGCAGUCAGUCUUUCUCGGCUUCAUCUGCAUUUGUGGCCACUGCUUCAUUGCCCUGCUCAUAUCCAUCGUAAAGUUUGUCGAGGUGCAUCGAUU